AUGUUCAGCAAAAUAUGGUGGACAUUAUUAGCGUCAAUUUUUCUGUAUGCCAUGUUCCUGCCACAAUCAGAAGCAUGGUGGCUAUGGUGGCUGUUUUGUUUAUUUGCUCCGAACUCCACAUUUUGUGACUACAAGAAGUUGGCAGAGAAGGCUUUUGACUUGGCUUCUCAGGCGUUAGGUAGUGCAGAAUCGUCGGGAGGAUCAACUUGAAGAUGACUGUGAGGUGAGUUUUAAAAUUCACGUUGAAUGUGCUAUUUUCUGCAAUUAUUUCACGUUAAUAAAAGCAUUUUAUUCUAAUUUGACAAGCAGCAAAAUCUCUCUGGUAUAUAUACAUUCAACUGAUUUCCCUGAAAACUUGAUAAAAUACAAAAGUUUUCCAAGUAUUUUUUGCCAUAUAAAGCGUACACAAUUAGCAUUUGGGAAUAUGAAGGAAUCAGAAUAUUUACACCUCUCUUGGAAUCACUGAAAGUGACCGCAGAACAAGCAGCCCGACGAUAUCGGUUCAACUAACAGACAAUGUGAGGAGCACGUUCGUGAAUAUGGUUAUCAUCAGAUGUUAAAAGUGAUUUAUCCUUCACAUAAUUGUUGGAACUAGAACUCAACGAAACAGUGAUAAUAAACACACACACUCCACAACAGAGUGAUGAUAAAUUACAAAUCCCUUAAGCUCCUUCAACCUUAUGCCCACUACCUCGUAAUUACUUCCAGUUGGAAAUCAAGCUUUGAAAGCUGUUGUCCAUCACGAAUUCAUAGAGCUCCUGGGCUAUCUUGAUGAAAUGUGAAGUAAUUUAUUAGUAACAGUGAGAGGACUAUU